UCUCUCAGUUUCAGUGACUGGUUAGAAUAGAAAUGGCAGCUUCUGAGGAUCCCUAAACGACUCUGGCAAAUUAGGGAGAAAUGCUCCUUUGAAAUGGAUUAACUGAUAACGGGAAUGUCAACAGUCCAGUCGUGAGCUGUAACGACAGACAGAAAAGGAACCAGUGGCGUAUAUCUUUUCAAACAGCAGCGUCUGUCUGUCUAUCUGUGUGAAGUAUAUUGGGGUAAGAGAGACGUCGAUUAGCAUUAGCACUGUUAGCUCCGCUUCUGCUUUCGCCCGCCCGAGCUUUCGUGCUCUUCGCGCCGCAUUCUCUCCCACUCCGCCGCGCUCCGCUCUUACGCGCUGCCGAGGCUUCUGCGGCUUCUGCGGCCGCUGCUACGCCUGCUGCUACCGCUGUGGGCUGCGGGUCAUGAAAAGCUGCUUUUGUCCGAAAAGGAAGGACGCAGUGCAUUUUACAAUCAGAUUAUCACCAAGAUGCCUAAUGAAUUUGAUAAGAAUUCCUCCAUGAUGCCUGAGGUACGGGACCUUUCAGACGCCCUGCCGGAGAUGCCCAUGGACCCGAUCACUGGCGUAGGAGUCGUUGCCUCGAGAAACAGAGCUCCCACCGGCUAUGAUGUGGUGGCACAAACCACAGAUGGGAUUGAUGCAGACUUAUGGAAAGAUGGCCUGUUCAAAUCCAAGGUGACCCGCUAUCUGUGCUUCACCAGAGCAUUCUCCAAAGAGAACAGUCAUUUAGGAAAUGUGCUCGUAGACAUGAAGCUCAUCGACAUCAAGGACACGCUGCCUGUGGGAUUCAUUCCCAUUCAGGAGACCGUGGACACACAGGAGCCGGCGUUCAGGAAGAGGAGGUUAUGUAUUAAGUUCAUCCCGAGAGACUCCACCGAAGCUGCCAUCUGUGAUAUCCGUAUCUUAGGACGCUCUAAACAGGCGCCGCCACAGUAUACGUUCAUAGGAGAGCUGAACAAUAUGGGGAUCUGGUACCGGAUGGGAAAGGUGCCACGGACCCAGGACUCUUCACCUGUACAGAACAACUCCUCCACCACCAACACCACCAAUAACAUCCAGACUGUCACCAACAACUCCACUCCAGCGCCAGUCAUGCCCAAGCACAUAUCCAUGACCCUGCCGGCAUGUUUCAGGAAAAGCACAACCAGACCAGACUUUGAACACCAGAACUCCAACCUCUAUGCCAUCUCUGCUAUGGAUGGAGUGCCUUUCAUGAUCUCGGAGAAGUUUGCGUGUGCCUCCAGUGAUUUGCAGCAGGUUGAUCUAAUGGGCAUCAGAAUCAAGUCACUCGCAGAGAUCGAGAAAGAGUAUGAAUACAGUUUCCGGACGGAGCACAGCGCCGCGGCCCGGCUGCCGCCCAGUCCCACCAGAACGUCCCUGGGCUCGGAGGCCUAAGCGUAGGAAAGACGGAGAGGACUUCUGAACACCUGAGCUGAGACUCACACACCUCUCUGAGAUUAAAACACAAACCCAUUGGAGAGGAUAAAAUCAAGAAAAAAAAAA